UCCACACUAUGAUGAUAUCAUUCAUGGUAUCAUUGUUCAAAGAAAAUAGUUUUUGGCUUUAUUUAAUGGAAAACUAAGUUAUUAGUUUCUACAUUGCCGUUUUCAUUUGGGAAUUCCAACGUUUUUAUGCACAGAUACUGAAAAACCAGAAGACUUCAUUGAAUCAAGGCUUGAAAAUGUCGGUGUGCAGUGAAUAUGAUGACUACCAAUACAUUGAUUAUGAUGACAUAUUCAGGGAUUUCAACAGUUACGUCAAGAAUGACAAAAGCACUCGAAUUAUGGAUCUGCUAAGUCGGAAUAGUAAUGUGUCUUCUAGGAACACUAGUAAAAGAGAAACAUUUCUUCACAUCGUCGCCAGGUUUGGAUCUACGCAUGUAGCUAGUCACUUAAUUCAACUUAGAGCUGAUGUAAAUGCUCAAGACGAUAAAGGCCAAACUCCACUUUACCUGGCCAUAGAGAAGUCUGAAGAAAUGGUCAAACUUCUCCUGGACAAUGGAGCAGAUGUCAGCAUCCCUAACAAAGAAGGUGCAACUCCUCUUCAUCGAGCUUUAUGUAGAAGUUCAUUCGAAAUAGUCAGACUCCUGUUAAACAACAUCUCCAAGGCGAAUUCAUCUUCAGUUUCAGAGCAGACAUCAAGAAAUUUUAAAACAUGCAGAGAAACAGUCAGCUUCUUGCUCAAUCUUAACAUGGAUUUGAAUAUGUCGAAGUCAAAAUGUCCAACCCUUCUCCACUUUGUAGCUAGGCAUGGAGACGAGGACACUUUCAAAAUGCUUCCCAGCAGAAGCAAAUCGUUCGAUAUUAAUGCUCUAAAUCCGGAUCAGCAUGCUUUGAUUCACAUUCUUCUUGACACAAAUAAAGAAACUCUGUUAAAAAAGCUAAUUAAGUCUGGUGCCAGCGUCAACACACCUGGAAGUCCCGGAAGUAUUUUACAUUACGCUGUGAUGAAAAAUAAUCCUUCACUUGUGCGUUAUCUUCUAGAGCAUCAAGCUGAUGUGAAUGCUUUGACCGUCGCAGGAAGAACGCCUCUUCAUUAUGCUGCUUGUAUUGGGAACAUCGAAGUUGUCAAGAUGCUUUUGGAAGCAGGGGCUGAUGUAAAUUCCCGAAAAUGUCGUAAUAAUAUAACACCACUUCAUGAAGCUUGUGGGGGCUCUUUGAAGAGAGAGGCGUUACUUUCUGGGUCUGUACUUGAUUAUAAGGAGAAAUCAAAAUUUCGAAACAUUCUUAACGAAGAAAUAAUCAAACUUCUUCUUGAGUACGGCGCUGAUAUCGAAGCUGCGAGAGGUCAUGAUAGGUUUACCGCAUUUCACGACGCAUGUGCGGGAAGUUUGACCACAGCAAAUCUCUUGCUUAAGUUUGGAGCAAAUAUCCAUGCGCUGGACACGUAUGGACAAACUGCACUUCACUCGGCGUCCCAUGCAAAUAAAUUGGAUGUUGUUGACUUUUUAUUGAAUAAGGGCUUCGAUAUUAACAUUCAGGAUGACGAUGGCGACACCCCCCUUAGUACCAUUAUAAGAUAUCAGAAGAAACCUUGUUUGGAAACGAUAGAAUUUCUUUUAGACAAUGGGGCUGAUGUAGAAGUCGGGGAUGAGGAAGAUUUGAAUGCGAUUAACUGUGCCGGAGAAUUAGAAAAUAUUGAAGCUUUCGAUUGUUUAUUGGAGUUUAAACCAAGUCUAGCCUUUGCGAAUCAUGACGUAUAUUUAUACAGCUGCCAAGCUAUUGUGCAUAUAACUGCAUCCAUAGCUUCAAGGGAUGGCAAUUUUUUAAAGAAAUUUUUCAAAUUGAAUAAACUUUUGAAGGACUUAAAGUCUUUAAAUCUCUCUUUGCUAUGUGUAAAAUUGAAGUUUCACAUAGCACUGAAAAGUAAAAUGUUCGAUUGCAGUUUAUCUGAUAUCUGUGACUUAAUUAAAUACCCCAAAUAUGAAGAAUACGAUGAAUAUUAUCAAAACUUCUGCAAAUAUGUCAAGUAUGGUACGGAUGAUGAAAUAAAAACAAUAUUGUCAAGGGAAGGAUUCGUUUUCCAUAUGAACUUUAGAACUCAGGAAACAUUUCUUCACAUCAUUGCCAGGUUUGGAUCUGUAGGAAUAGCUGAUCACAUUAUUAUGCUUGGUCCUGAUAUCAACGCACAAGACCAUUUAGGCCGAACUCCGCUCUAUCAGGCCAUAAAGAGAUCUGAAGAAAUGGUAACUUUACUUCUAAACAAGGGUGCCGAUUUUAACCUUCCUAACAAUGAAUAUUUUACUCCUCUUCAACAAGCUUUGUGCCAAGGCUCGGUAAAGAUGGUUCAACUCCUUUUGAACAAAAUCUACAAAGCAAAUCUAGAUCUGAAUUCAAAAGUGCAAUCAGAAAAUUAUUUCAAAGAAUGCAGAGAAGUAGUAAAUUUCUUGUCAAACCUGAAAAUUGAUUUCAACAUUACAAAGCCUGAAUAUCCAACCCUUCUUUACUUUGUAGCGAGACAUGGAGACGAAGAAACUUUCAGAUUGCUCUUCAGCAAAAGCAAAUAUUUUGAAAUCAAUGCUCUCAAUUCUAGAAGAGACGCAGUAAUUCACAUUCUUCUAGAGACAAAUAAAGAAACUCUUGCAAAAGAACUCAUUGAUUCUGGUGCGGACGUCAACACACCAGGUAGUCGAAGAAGUGCUCUUCACUAUGCAGUUAUUAAAAAUAACCCUUCACUUGUGCGAUAUCUUUUAGAUCAUCAAGCUGAUGUUAAUGCUUUGUGCAUUGAAGGAAGAACGCCACUUCAUUAUGGUGUUUCUUUUGGAAACUUGAAAAUUGUCAAAAUGCUUUUGGAAGCAAGAGCUGAUGUAAAUGCCCAAACAUCUGCUAAAAGUAUAACACCACUUUAUAUAGCCUGCAUGGAUUCUCUGAGCGAAGAUGUAGUCACUAAAAAUGAACUUGAUUAUGGCGAAAAAAUUAGUUCUGGAGAGAUUUUCAGCUUAGAAAUAAUAAAACUUCUUCUUGAACGGGGCGCUGAUAUUAACGCGAGAACAAGAGAUGGAAUUACCGUUUUACAUGCUGCAUGUACAGGAAAUUUGGAUGUAGUAAAGCUUUUGGUAGAUUGGGGAGUUAAUUUACAUAUGAAGUGCAAAACAAAACGAACCGCAUUGCACGUAGCCGUAAAAUACAAAAAACUUGAUAUUGCAGACUUCUUGAUAUCUAAGGGUUUAUUGGUCGACGUUGCAGAUGAGGAUGGAAACUCACCCCUUCGUUUUAUUAUGGGGUACCUUGAUGAAGAAUAUCUGGAUAUGAUAGAAUUUCUUCUAGAUAAUGGGGCUGACGUUUUAUCCACUGAAAGUUUGUACGGUAAUAAUUGGAAUGUGCUCGAAUAUGCUCUUAGUUAUCAAAAUUUUGGCGCCGUUGAAAGUUUGCUGAAUUCCAAGCCCAAUCUUGAAUUUCCGAAGAAAUGUGAUGGACUUUAUAGUUUUGCAUUCUGCGAUGACGACUCUUGUAAGACUCUAAAUCUUACAACUGCAUUCAUAGCAUUGAGGGGUGAAGAUAUUUCAAGUUAUACUGGCGAAAUUUCGGAAGAAGAUGAGGAAUUAUUUGAAUGGGUGGAACCUUAUUUUGUCGGCUGCAAGCUGGAAAUUGAGCGAAUGAAAAACGAAAGAAUCUGCGAUACCAGAGAUGUUUCCUAUUUAGACUUCUUGACUGAAGAUUUAUUUCGGGUAACAGCAUUUUCGAGGAAUGAGUUGUUGAUGAAAAUGUUGGAGUCUCUAGAGUAUGAAAAUAAAUUUCCAUCGUAUGCCUUCAUAUUCGAGAAACGUAUUCAAAGAGUUAACAAACUACGGACAUGCGUAGACAUGGUUGAAGAUUUUCUGAGUGAAUAUGCUAAAGUAGAUUUACCGAUGAUCGUAUUGGGUAAAAUAUUGAGCUACUUGAGUGCAUCAGAUGUGAGGAAUUUUGGGAGGGCGUUAUCAGGAAGAAGAAAAUAAAUGAAAACUUUUUAAUACCUGUUCUUUUUGAGCAAUCAAUUGAAUUUAAGUAAUUAAUUGUAAAGUUUUCUAAGUACUAUAAUAAAAGGAGAAUUAAAAAUAA